AUGGCACGAAUUCAAACACCGCCAGUCCUCUCACAAAUCAGGGUUGCUAGGAGUUACAGCGAGCAGGCUGUCGGGCUCCGGUCCUUGAAAGACGAGAUUAUUGGCCACAACCAACGAAAGGAGAAAUGGGUUGAGUGCGGCAUCUUAGAUACGUUAGUCGAGAUCUUGCAGAAUAACCAUCCGCCAGCUUCAAGGUUGAACGGGAAACAGCCGUAUGGACAAUUAUCUGUGCAGCAAGGGACUUUAACUGACACUGAAGUGGUCCGGUUGUUGUCUCUACAACUGCUAGGCAGCUUCGCCUACGGCGGGCCUCAAUUUCUUCAACCCUUCGAUGCCGCGGGCGCUGUUCCUGCGAUACUUGCCAACAUCUCACCCUCCGAUGCUCCUCCCCAGCUAGUCCUGGCUGCUCUCCGGGCGUUGAAUUACACGGCCAACUCGGCACAGCUGGCACCCCCGGGCGCUUAUGAUGCGGUCGGGCUAGCAGACGCUGUGUUCUCCUCCAAGGCCCUCGAAUCCUUGUACGCUGUACUCUGCCAGGAAUCAACAGACGUGGUUGUGCAGGAACAAAAACGGCUCGUUGCGGCUUUGAUCAGCCGGUUAUGCAAGAUCCCCCGCCACCAGAAUGCCAUCGCAGAUUCAGGCAUUCUCGACGCUCUGGCCACAAUGCUGGCUAGCGUGGUGGUUGCAAGAGCCCCGGCUCCUCCUGGGACAGAUUUGGCUGUCAUUCUCGAGGCUUUGUCCGCCAUCGUUGCGAACUCCCGGUACCGGUCCUGUGCACUGCUCAGCUCUCCGUCUAUCCUGGCUGUCUUGCCCCACAUCGAGAUCAUUAUGCCCACGGUCACAGGCUCAAGAACUGCCUGGACCGCGCUCGAGAUGAGUGGCCUUGGCAACUUGCGGGACAAGAACCCAGGGGCUAUGGAAUUUCUGCUCCCUCCCGUCCCAAUUCCACAGUCCAAAUUCCCAUCCAGCCAUUUCGCCCAAUUUCCUCCUCUGGGCGUUUCUCCAUCCCGCGACAACCUCAUGAUUUUCUCUGGUUCCCGAUCCAGCGGUGGAGACCCUCCUAGCGAGGACUCGGAGGUAGAUGAUACCGAAAGUCCUCUCAUCCCUUGGCUCAUUCAUCUUGCGCGUGAUACGCAGGGCAUGGAGAGAGUGAUGGCCCUUUCUCUCCUGACUUCUCUCUAUAAAGCUGGAUUCGCAAGCCCCGAACGGGAACAGGCACUGGCUGUGCUUGUUGUCCCACUCCUCUGCCAGUUGAUGAAGGAAUAUGAUAAGGAGAUCUCCAGCAGUACUCUGCAAGCGCCUAAUGUCGAGCCGGACAUUGCGCUGGGAUGGUCUAUCCAGGAACGGGCUGCUGAUGUCUUGGCCCGCUUGGUGGGAGACAGCGAAAUCCUGCAGCAGGCUGCUGCCGACUGCGGCGUCAUCAAGAUGACAGUGAAAAUUCUCAAAGACUCGUAUGAGCCUCAGCCCGUGCAGACGGCUCCUCGGCCAUGGUCUCCCAAUCCAGACAAGACCAUGGACACAGGGGACACCAGUCUGUCAUGCCGCCUGGGCCCCAAUGGCUUAGUUCCAGCUUAUGUCCACAAGCUGAAGCUGAGGGAAGCUGGGCUGAAGCUGGUCGCGGGAAUGGCGACGCUCCAGGAACAGCUCCGUAAGGAUUUGGCGGAAGCCGAUGCUGUACCAUACGUCGUGGAGUCGCUGUGUCCGUCACCCGGGAAGCCUAAGAGCUCGAAAGACAGCGACGAGGGGGCUACAUCUGGGGGCACUAACCCCUAUGGACAGAAUCCAGAGAGCGUCCUGAUCGCAGCAUGCCAUGCGACAAGAGCUCUUUCGCGGUCGGUUGACAACUUGAGACGGGUUCUCUUCGACAAUAACGUCGCAAUUCCCAUCUACAACUUGAUGAAGCACAGCGACGUCAACGUCCAGAACUCCGCCUGCGCUGCCGUAAUUAACCUGCUGUACAAGGCCAGCCCGAUGCUGAAGCCUCUUCUGGAUGCAGGCAUUAUCAAGACAUUGUGUGAACAUGCCCAUUCGCUCAACGCCGGAUUGAGAAUCAACUCUCUCUGGGCACUCAAGCACAUCGUCAAUUGUGACGAGAAGUCGCUAGUUGACAACAACCUGCGAAAGAGGGUCCUCGAAGAGCUCGAGCCCGGCUGGCUCGUCCAGCUCAUCAGCGAUGACAUUUCCGACGAAGAGGCUCUACAACAAAUCCGUGGGCGGUCAUCGUGGCGUGCGAAGGACGCCGACGACGACGAAGAUAUGGACGCUCCCGAGAGCACAUCAUACGACGAAACGGAGUCAGCACCCGGCGGCACCUGGACCUGGCCGGCCCUCAGCCGCGUGUGCAUGCCCCUGCCGCCACGGCUGCAACAAUCCCUCCAGCGCCUCAGCGCCCUCCGCGAUGCAGAACUCAACCCCGUGCGCCGCGCCCGCAACGACAGCCUUGACAUCCAAGAGCAGGCCAUCAGCUUCAUCCGUAACUUUCUGUCCAUUCCCGAGGAGGAAUCCCAGCCCGAGCUGGUCGACUUUAUCUUCUCCGAGAUCGGCCAGGACAGGCUGUUUGGCAUCCUAGCGGACAAGCUUAGGCGGCGCGUUGUGGGUGGUUUGAGCCGGCGCAGCCGCUCAUCCAGCACGACUGGCGCAAGCGGCAGCAAUAGCAAUAACGAGAGCGCCGUGACUUUUUACCCACAACCUCGUGUUGUCGAGAACAUCAUCUGGGUCCUCUGCCACAUCGCGGCAGCCCGUCCUCAGCACCGCCAGCUGGUGCUCGCUCAAAAAGAACUCCUGCGCCGGUUGUCAGAGCACUUCAACUCGUGCGACGUGGGAGUCCGUCGCGCGCUUGUGCAGCUCUUUGAGAACUUGAGCUGGAGCGACGGGGAUAUGGAGAAUGCGGCGUGCCAGCAGCGCGCAAGAGAGAUUGAGCAGAUGGGAUUUUUGGAGAAGUUGAAGGUUUUGGAGCAGAGUGAUGUGGAUAAGGACGUUAGGGCGAGGGCGGCGGGUGCGGUUGGGCAGCUGAAGGCGCCUGGGGCGGGGAGUUCGUGA